AUGUCCGGUCGCAACGCGCCGCGCUCAAAGAAUGGCUGCAGUACCUGUCGCCGACGGAAGAGCAACCCAUUUGCAAGCGCUGCCUCAACUUGCGACUCAGUUGCGAAUGGGGGGGUCCCCGUCAAACGCGGUCGCAGUGCCCAAAUCCGCCAUCUUCAACCCGCUCCGACCACCGACGAGAUUUCAUUAGAAGCUCCUUGGCCAACCUCGGAGGCCGGUGAUCUUACGGACCUGGACCUGGACCUCGACCUCGAUCUUGAUCUUGAUCUUGAUCUCCGCCCAAAUUCCUUGCCCAAUGGCCUCUCGCCAGUCUCCUGGCCUGGGGAUCCGGUGACGCUGGAUGUCGCCCCCCAUUUACCAGCCUUCUUCCCACCUGCCGCCGCCCAGGCGCGAAUCCCGACUCCCCUCUACCCACCGCUAAACACCAACAAAAUCGCCUGCGCCAAUUCCUUAACCCUCACGGAACACGAUCAUAAAUACUUUCAAUACUUCCCUUCCUCGUCCAUCGUCUACUAUUAUAUGAAAGGGUGGAAUUGGAGCAGCUUCUGCUACCUUUACGAAGGUCCCGCCGCUACAAACAAAGUCAUCAUGCGCAUGAUCCUGGCCCUUUCCGCAAGUGACAUGCAUCGUGAUGGAUUGGUGGUCAGAUCUCCCGGUCGUCCCACCGCGGAAGAUCACGGACGUUACCACUACAGCCUCGCUGUCAAGGAGUUCCGGCAACUUCUCGAGACCCCGCGGCGGAACGUUUCCGUGGAAGAGCUGGAAAUCAUUUUCGCAACCAUGUUUCUCAUGGUCACAUACGAAUGGCAGUUUGGCCACUCGGUGCGGCAUCUGCAGUUACAUCUCCACGGGGUGCGUUCCCUGCUGGAAUCCCAUCCGCAACUUUUUCGUCUCAAGGACAUCAAUGACGUCUUUUUCUCCUUGGAGCGCGGAUCUCCAACUCCAGAUAACAAUGCAGUCUCCAAGCUUUCCUUCAUCCCAGAGCAAUUCCUUCUGUGGAUCUUAUAUAUUGAUGCGAGCUCUCGCCCCAUGGGCUUAACCGAAUCCCUAAAUGAUUAUGUUCUGGAAUCAAAAAACCCAGCCCUUCAGCCGGAUCACCUCCAUCGCUGUGCUCGCCUCUGGGGGCGAUGCUUCUGGGGUGAACAAUACCCUGACCAGGAGGUCCUCGAUGAUAUCGAAAAUUAUCGUGCCUUAGAGCUACUCCAUGCAGGCUUUACUAUGCGCCACCGGACGUGGAAGAUGCUCGUGGAUCCCGAGGCUGCCAAGGAAUCCGCCGAUACACUCUUGCAAGACAUCCUUGCCACGCGUGAUAAAUUCUCCGACCUCUUUAUCACUGCGAAAUUCGCCGGUGCAGUCUCAGCCCGACGUACACUCAACACAAUAUACAUGGCCGUCUGUACAUUUUACGCUCAGAUUCUCUUCCACCGCCGGCUGCUGUCUGUCGACAAGCCACCCACGGCCAUGCACCGCCAAGCCACCCACGGAAUUAUCGACAUUCUCCACAAGCAGUUCGCCCCCGAUAGUCGACCCUUGCGACGACUGCACUGGCCUCUGAUGAUGGCCAUCAUUGAAACCGAAGACCCGAACCAACGGGCGUGGUUAAGGCAGCGCCUCUUCGAACUACGCGGGUUUCACUGUGAAUGCAUGUGGGCCAAUGAGAUUGCAGAUCAAAUUCUAGCUCAGCAGGACGUUGGCCAAGGAUGUUAUGCCAAUCUGGCGGAGCUGCUGUUGCAGCGCCUGCAUGUGCAAUGA